UGGUGUAUUUAUUUCAAUUUUGGUUGAAAUGAAGUUCUUGGUCGUCGUUUUGGCCACUUUGGCCACAUUAGUGGCAGCUGAUGGAGGAUACAAAGGUUACAAAAUCUACGACGUGACUGUAACAAAUUCAAUCCAAGAAGCAGCCCUUAGAUCAAUAGGUAACAGUGGCGAAUUCGAUUUCUGGAGUCCCUCAAGGGUCCUUGUAAAACCUGAACAAAUCGCAAAAUUCGAAGGACUUUUGAAAACUGGAGGAAUCGACUUCCAAGUUUUUGUUGACGACGUUGACGAAUUUGCACGUAAGGAAAAAGCCGAAAAUGAAGUCGCCGAAUCUAGGGCCGAAGGGCGCUUGUCCUUCACUGCUUAUCAUCGUUACGAUGUGAUCCAACAAUACUUGAGCGAAAUGGCAUCCAAACACCCAGAUUUAGCCAAGGUCGAAACCAUCGGAACUUCCAGCGAAGGAAGACCGAUCAAAGCGCUGCGCUUAUCCAGCGGAGGAAACGGUAGCAAACCGGUUGUGGUUAUGGACGCUGCCAUCCACGCCCGAGAAUGGUUGGCACCAACCACCGCCUUGUACUUGAUCGACCAAAUUCUGGAAAACGGCCGAACAUCAUUAUUGACGAAAUUAGAUUGGGUCAUCAUUCCUGUUUUGAAUCCUGAUGGAUACGAAUACUCCCACACUGGGGAUCGUUUCUGGAGAAAGACCCGAAGCAAGAACCAAGGGUCAAGCUGCAUGGGCACAGACGGUAACCGAAACUUCGAUUUUCACUGGAUGGAAGUCGGUGCCAGUAACAGCCCUUGUUCAGACACCUUCGCCGGUAACAGACCCUUCUCAGAACCCGAAACCAGCGCCUUGAGAGACCUCCUGCUCCGCUCCAAUGUUAAAUUGUACCUGACAAUACAUACUUAUGGCCAGUACUUCUUGUACCCUUGGGGCUACACUUCGGCCCUUCCCGACAACUGGAAGGACCUAGACGCUUUGGGCAGACAGGCGGCGAGUGCCAUACAGGGAGUCAUCGGAACGAGGUAUACAGUUGGAAGUUCUACGAACGUCCUCUACGCCGCAGCCGGUGGAAGUGACGACUACGCCUUGGCAGUAGGCAAAGCGCCUUACAGUUAUACCAUCGAGUUACCAGGAGGCGGUUCUGGCGGUUUCAAUCCACCACCAAGUUCUAUUUUGCCGGUUUGCCAGGAACGAUGGCAGCUUUUGUUGUGGUUGCCCAGCAUGUCGCUAAACUUUAUGGCUAAGAUGUGAUAUUAAUUUAUGUAAAAUG